AUGGAGAUCCCUGCCCAGCGGCCCAAGCUCUCAGAUGGCGGCGACAGAGGUAGCGAGGACCGCCUCAGCGACCUUCCUGAAGACCUUCUUCUCCGCAUCCUUGCCAACAUCCGCGACGUCGCCGUCGCCGCGCGGACCAGCGUCCUCUCCAGCCGCUGGCGCCGCCUCUGGAGGCAGCUCCCGGCGCUAAACUUCCCCUUCCCCAGUGACCCACAUCACAUACGCCUUGCCCUCCAAUCCCAUGAAGCUCCGGCCCUCCGCCUCCUCGAAGCCGGCGUCCUGGACGGCACCCCCGAUUCGGUGGCGCCCUGGCUCCUCAACGUCGCGCCCCGCCUCUUCGGCCGUCUAUCCCUCACCAGCAGGGCGGCACAGGACGGAUCGGAGGAGGACAUGGCCGACGAGAGAGGAGCCUUUGAGCUUCCCUGCUUCCAGAACGCCGCCUCGAUCCGCCUCGAACUAGGGCCUCUUGGGAUCUCCAUGCCACCAUUGGGCGUAUUCACAAGGCUCAACGACCUCUCCCUGGUUUGUGUUCAGCUACAUGGUCCGUGCAUGCUCGGUGACCUUGUCUCCUCGCCACGCUGCCCGGUCUUACGGAAACUCGUCGUCAAAGAGGCCUCGGGUCUAGGCAACCUUGCAAUCCACUCUGAUUCUCUCAUAGCAAUCAGCCUAAAGGAUGUGCAUCUGCAUCCAGCCGAUGCCCUUGGUCUGGGCCACGUCACCAUUGAGUCCAAGUCUCUCUUGCAAAUAGAGCUAACGAGUGUGCAUUCCUUGCAGCAGCUCACUGUUACGGCUCCAGCACUAGAACGUAUUUAUGUGGACUCUUGCUUCGCAAACUACCGUGCUAGAGCUUCGAGGCAUAAUCAACCGGUUGCAAACAUCUACGCUCCUCGGCUCAAGUCUCUCUAUUGGCAUGAUGCCUAUGACCCAAGCUCCACGCAGUUUGGCAACAUAGAAAAUCUCGAGACGCUGGGUGUGCAUACCUUUUUCAUGUAUAUGGAAGAGAUAACUAUGCUCCAAAUAACUACGUUCUGA